UGAUAUCAGCUAAAAACACACUUCGAAGGUAGUAACUUUAGUUUAUGAGUGUAAGCAGUUUCCAUAUAAACAACAGAACCACCACAGUACAAAAUUCAGUAUGUAAUAAAUUAUCAACCUCCUGUGCAAAAACUCUUUUAAGAAAUUAUCUGUUGUAAAGGCACAGAGAACGUACACACAUCCAUUAAUUGCGGGUGACAUGCAAAUGCUCUUGAGAACUGUCUUUUCAACUUUUAAAAAAAGGAAACAGAAUGGAAUCCAUAAUACCACCGCCAAAUGAGGCUCACAUCGUAAAGCCUUUUCACAGCACCCAAACAAUCUCCAAAUUCAAAGUAAAAUGCUCAAACUUUCCUUCCUAGCUGGUAUUACAAGCUCGUUCACCUUUGCAAGCAGCACGAGCACCUGUGUGCUUCGUAGUAAUUUUUAAACGCUGAUUGUUUAGGCUGUAUGGCCCAUAAAAAUGCACCCUCAAAGCUACGUAUUCUUGUGUCAGGUUAAAAAUAAAGCCCAUGCUGAUGAACGAGAGCUGCUGAUGGCACUUGCAGGGAAUGAACAGCCUCUCCCAUGUCCCCGGAGAACCCGAGCGCAGCCGACCACGCCGUGACAAACCUGCGUGCUCCCGCAGCCCCUGUAGCUUAAGCAGUAAAUCUGAAACCCAGGGACUGAACUGAGCUGGAUCGAACAGCCCUCUCCCCUCCGAGCACAGCCUCUCACUUCUUGAAACUGGCUGUAAACAGGGAAAGGGAGGGGCCUACCGCCUGCCAAGCCAAGCAGAAACUUGUGAGUAACUUAUAGAGGAAAAACAAGUGCAGCGCAGGCGGCGCGCAGAGCCGCACGCUGCCCGGGCGCUGCCGAGAGGCGAGCACCAUGUUUUCAAAGAGAAACAAGACCUGGCUUUGCCGCCGGCCUCCUCCCUCGGAAACGCCGCUUAGCCAAGGCCUGUGGGUCCGGCAGCGCGGGGGAAUGUAAAACGGGAACCAGAGAAAAGCUGGUAACCAGCAGGAAAGAUACAAAAGCUAAAAUCACUAUGUGGAGCUGUGAAACCUUGAACAACAGUACUGAGAACAGAGAAGACCAGCAUCUCUGCCAUGACUUCCACCUUGUGCUUUCCAUCUUCUCCCUACUCUACCUCAUUAUAUGUUUCCCAAUUGGCCUUUGUUACAAUGGCUUGCUGGUCCUAGUUAAUCUCUAUAACAAAGCUACUAUGACUAUGCCAGAUGUUUAUUUUGUCAACAUUGCCAUUGCUGGUCUCAUCAUCAACGCUCUGGCACCAAUGUACCUUCUAGGUCUUGCCAAUACAAAAUGGGCCAUCUGGAAUUCUAACAAUGAAGUUUAUAUUACCUUGCUUAUUUUAUUCAAUGUCUCAUCUUUAGUUACCAUGUACUCCACUACGUUACUCAGUCUGGACUACUACAUUGAACGUGCUCUACCUAGAACUUACAUGUCAAGUGUGUACAACACCAAACAUGUUUGUGGAUUCAUAUGGGGUGGUGCCAUGCUUACAAGUUUUUCAUCUCUCCUGUUCUACGUCUGCAAUCACGUAUCCACUAAAAUAAUUGAAUGUUCCAAGAUGCAGAACAAAGAAGCAGCAGAUGCCAUUAUGGUCUUUAUCGGGUAUGUUGUACCAGCUGUUGCUGUACUUUAUGCACUUACAUUAAUCUUACGAAUACGCAAAGAGGCCACACCACUGGAUCAAGACACUGGACGAUUAGAUCCAUCGGUGCACAGGCUUUUGAUAGCCACAGUCUGUACCCAGUUCACGUUAUGGACACCCUAUUAUGUGAUUCUCUUGGUAAGCACAUUUACUAAUGCACAAGGAAGAAUUGCAGAUGAAAAUUACAGUCGAAUAUUACAUUUUAGCAAGAUUUUAUCAAAAUCCUUGGCUUUCUCAAGCAGCUUUGUAAUGCCUCUGCUCUACAGAUACAUUAACAAAAACUUUCCCAACAAAUUACGACGUUUGCUUAAAAAGAUACACUGCGGGAAUCAGGGGUGUUCUCAUGAACGCACAGUAGUACAGCAAGUUAUGACGUAGGUAUGAAAAAAACCUUUGGUGCUCUGUUACUGCAGUACUUCAUGUACCAGUACUGGGACUGUGAUAUUGCUGCUGGCACUCAAUGGGAGUCCCAACCAAGAGGCUAGAAGGAGCUUUCCAUUACAGUUAAAUGAAACAGUCUUAAUUUUCAAAUAGUUAAUUGUUUGCUGAAAUCUUGUGAGACUCUGGCCUAUGUGCUGUGAUACCUGUGACAUCUAAUACUUUCAGUGCACUGAAGUGGUUACAAAGCAUAAAGUCUGUCUUCAUGGCUCUAGUAUUUCUGUCUGAAGAAGUCACUAAGCAGUUUAUUGAAGUCUUGACUGAAGACACAGCACCUUGUAUCUUGUAUAGAAAAAGGUCUUACCUUAUUUUCUGUACAAAGAAGUAAUAGUGCUAUCCUUGAUGAAGUAAAUAGCAUUUUUCAAUUAAGAUGAUAUAGAUGAUCUUUACUAAAGAUCAUAUUAUCCAAUUACACAUGUCCAAAUAGUAAAUGUUAAUUAUAAAUUAUUUAAUUUUUUUCCAUCACGGAAUCCCCUCUAAAAGAAGCCUAAUUUACCAUUUUCAGAAAUUUUCUCAUACAAACUAACCUAAGUUUUAACAUUUAUGGUAAAUUGAUUUUUUUUUCCUAGAUAUAACAAUUAACAAAAACGUGUUUUAUUUUUCCACUGCUUUAUUUGCAUCCUAAAACAUUUCAAGAACUCAGAAAUAUUUAUUAACUAAUUCUAAGGGAACUGAGAGAUGUUUGUUCCGCAUAUUAAAAUGAAGGACACAGUGGUUUACAAAGUUAAAUCAAAAUUUAUGUCUGGCUAAGUGUUAUGGUCCACAUAUGUUCAUGUAACAAGUAAUUAUCUUAAAAAUAAAUAUGUUUAUGAUUAA